AUGGCAUCAUCAUCACCACCGCCGUCUCCUGGCGGAAAGGCUGUCGCGUCCACCACCGGCUCUUCCGCCGGGCCAGACCCGGUUCUGCGCAAUGCCCUGCGAUACACCAUCUCGCCGCGCGAGUAUGCGGCCCUGCACAGAUACGUGCUCUCGAAGUCGCGGGCGCUCCGCCGCGCGACGCCCAGCCCGAGCAGCGUGGAGAAGGCGCUGCAGCCGCGGAAGGGAGGCGACGACUACAAUGCCAAGGCGGUGCGGCAUUCGCUGCGCGUGUUUACGGCGACGUGGAUAGGCAUGAAGGCGUGGGACGCAAUCAUGAAGAGGCUUGGGAACAAAGAACCAGGCGGCAGUGGCCAGAAGAAGCCGUUUUACAAGUCUCCAGCUCUGAGGCUGUCCCUCUCGCUGUCGACAAUCUUAUUCCUCUACCGUGUUCUGUUCCGCUUCCUCACCAGACUGCGUGCCCAUCUCUUGGAUCCGCAGGCAGAGCCCUUCCGGCUGCGCAACCCACGGACGUCGGCAACGCUGACAUCGCCUUUUGCGCCGGCCAUUGGAGCCUCGCUUGCGGGUCUGGCUCUCGGCGCCUAUCCGUCGUCGCAGAUGCGAGUCAGUAUCGGCAUCUAUGCCAUGUUCCGCGCUCUCGAGUUUGGCUGGAACGUCUGUGAGAAGGAGGGCAUGAUUUGGGGCAUCAAGAAUGGCAAGAAUCGAGAGCGGCCUUGGUGGUUUGGUAGCUGGAUGCUGCAGCCGUUUGCGUUUGGACAGUUGCUCCAUGCUGCUGUUUUUGACCCGGACUGCUUCCCGACUUCCUUCGGAGACUGGAUCUUCAAACAUUCCGCUACGUACCUGCCCCCGCGGCCAGAAAACUAUCCUACGGCCCUCAAAUGGCCAGGCGCUUCGCAGAUAUUGGAGAAUAUUGCAGAGAUGGCUCGACUUAACUGGCCACCCAACGUAUCUCCCAUCCUAUUCCCCAACAAAGAAGUCCUUCCACCUUCACUUGCUGGCGUAUCGCCGCUGAGUUCACAGGCUCAUCCACUUAUUACCUCUCUGUCCUGCGCAACUCUUCACCCAACCGACCCAUCUUGUCUACGAACAUACCUAACCUUUUGGCUCAACUCCUUCCCAACAAUGACUCGCUUCUUCCUCAUCUUUUACUCCGCGUUGACCCUUGUCCCCAAGUUCCGCGACCUGUACAACUUCCCCUUCUCCACCAUUCAGCGGAUGAUAUCUCAGGUGCUGCGCCUCUCUACCUUUGCUACCGGAGCCAUCUCUACAGCAUGGGCAUCGCUUUGCUUUUUCCAGCAAUAUCUACCCCGCCACGUUCUUGCCACCCAGCGUAUCUUCCUCGGAGGCUUCUUCGCGGGUAUGUGGGCUUGGGUGGAGCGUCGCCAUGGCCGCAGCGUGUUCUUGUACUCUGCGCGGGCCAGUGUCGACAGCCUGUGGAAGGUUGGCGUGAAGCGCCGCUGGUGGAAGGCGAUGAAGGGCGGGGAUGUGUGGGUGUUUGUCCUUGCGCUGGCGAUUUCAGGCGUUGUGUACGAACGCGAUGCCAGGGCUAUUCGAGAGGGUCAGUGGCGUAAGGGUAUUAGUUGGUUGCGGGGCGAGGGGUGGAAGGACUGGGCUUUGGAGGAGGACGGUGAGGAGGAAGAGGGUGAGGAGAAGGACAAGGAUGAGUAA